AUGGGUUUCUCUGACGGAUCAGGCCUCGUUUCGGCAUCCGUUGCCAAGUUUGCGACAACGCUUCACAAAACCCCCUCGAUAGAACUCCCCACCGCACGCAUCCUUCUGUAUGUGCUGAUAGGCUCGGCGAUAUGCUUUGUCCUUUGGGCAAAGCCGUCGGCGCCGCGCAAGUUCCCUGGUCCGCCGGCCUGGCCCGUCGUCGGCAACCUGCCGUCGAUUUACCGCCAGCAUGCGGAGCGGCAGUUUGCCGAAUGGGCCGCCGUGUACGGCGACGUCAUCCAGGUCCAGUUCGGAUCCUUGUCGGUUGUUGUCGUGAACUCGGCGGCGGCGGCCAAGAGCAUCUUCACCGGCAGCGCCGCCGCCCUGUCGUCACGCCCGGUAUUCCACACAUUCCAUCAGCUCAUUGCGGGAACUCUCGGGCCAACUAUCGGAACUGCGGGAUACGGAGAGGCCCUGAAAAGAGGCCGCAAGGCUACGGCCUCGGAGCUCAGCAAACCGGCCGUCAAGGCGAACCUGGACAAGAUCGACCUAGAGACUCGCCAUCUGAUUGACGAACUCAACUGCUACGGGACCGAGGGACACAGCCCCGUCCAAGUCUCAAAAGUCAUCAAGAGACUGACCCUGAGCCUGUCCCUGGGAAUAUGCUACGGCCGCCGCAUGUACCUCGGCGACCCCCUCACACAGGAGAUCAUCCACGUCGAGGACGAGAUCCUGCGGCUCCGAAGCAUGACGGACAACCUCCAGGACUACAUCUCCAUACUCCGAUGCUGGCCCUUCAACACGUAUCAAAAGGCCGCCACCGGCCUGCGAGAGCGCCGAGACGCCUACGUCGGCAGGCUGAACCGCGAGAUUGAGGAGAAGAUGAGGGAGGGCACUCACGAGGAGUGUCUCUACACCAAGAACUUUGACGGCCCGCACCCGCUCCCGACCAAGGAGCUCUCCACGGUCCUGCUCACCUUCCUCUCCGGCGGCCUGGCCACGGCAAGCAACACCAUGCACUGGAGUCUCACUCUACUCGCCGCCAGGCCAGAGAUCCAGGAGACGGCCUACAGGGCCAUCCGGGAAGUCUACCCGGACAACAAACAGCUCUUCGAGUCCGUGUACCAAGACACCGAGGAGGUGCGGUACAUGUCGGCCCUGGUCCGCGAGUGUCUCCGAUACUACACCCCGUCGCGACUCGCGCUCCCUCGCCUCGCCGUGCAAGACAUACGAUACCAAGACGGGACCAUCUCCGAGGGCGACACCGUCGUCCUAAACACGUUUGCCUGCAACAGAGAUGCCGCGGUGUACGGCGACCCGUACAGCUUCCGCCCCGAACGGUGGCUCGAGAACCCCGACCUUCCCAUCUUCAGCUACGGCCUCGGCUACCGCAUGUGCGCGGGCUACACGCUGGCCAACAGGGAGAUGUACAUCGUCCUGAUGCGCAUCAUCGCCUGCUUCAGGAUCAGCGCCGACGGCGACAUCGACGCCGACCCCAUCACCGGCUGUCUGGACGCCGCGCACCAGGCCAUGGCCCCCAAGCCGUCCGGGCUCUACUUUGAGCCCAGAGACGGCCGCGGCCUGAAGCGGCUUUUGCAGCCGCACCAGUCGCUUGGUAUCUAG